UUAAAGAUUGGCUAUGGUAAAUCUAAAGAAAUUUGACUAAAUAAACUGCCAGGUCUUUUUCCGUCAAAAGUCAUGCUUUACAGAACAGAGUCCAACUGAACUUGCCAUAUGAUAAAUACUAAAAUUAAAAUAAAAAACUUGUAUUAAAUUUUUCCUUCAUUUUUAGUGAAAUAUUAAGACUGCGCCGACUCUGAAGCGGUGCCAGACUUUUGUCCCAAGUUUGACCGUCCCUCGCCUGUUUGACCGCCCCUCGCCUGUUUAAAAAAAAAAUAAAUGUGAGAAUAUCAGAUGAUCAUGGAGGAUUACCGGGUAUACUCUGGAUUCCCUGGUUGUAAGCGUGACGAAGGGACGACUGUCAGCGGAGUAUUGGCCACCAUCACCUCAAUUGUUUUAAUAAUACAGCUUGUUUUCAAUAUUGCCAACAGCAACAACAACGAAAAUAAGAAGAACGAGAAUAACAACAACAACAAUAACAACAAUAAUGUUGAUUCAUUCAACAACAUUUUUAUCUCGAUGAACGAGAACAUGAAUUCUGCUUCCAUGAACAGCAUGCUAGGAAGGUCGUUUAAGGACAAGGCUGUAUCCCCAUUUGCACUGUACUGCACAGUUCUUAAGUAUUUAAGCAAAGAAUCUAUAGACCAAAAAAAGAGCGUAGUACUAAAAAUGUAUACGGACAAUGUUAGCAAUAUUUAUAAAUGCUGAUUAUAAAAUAAACUUCAGUUUAAUGUAAAAUGUUAAUGUUAGA